GGUCCGGUGCCAGUGAAAUGGCUGGCACUGGAGUGCUUGCGGGACGGUGUGUUUUCGACACAGAGCGACAUCUGGUCCUAUGGCGUGGUCCUUUGGGAGAUCUUCAGCCUGGGCCAGAAUCCUUAUUCGGGCGUCGAGUUCGACGAGAAGUUCAUCACCAAGCUAGAGAAGGGCGUCCGCCUAGAACAGCCCAGGUUCUCCACAUACGACUUACACUGCGUCAUGAACGACUGCUGGGCAGGAAACCCCCUGGACAGACCCUCGUUCUCGGACCUGGAGACCCGGCUCGGCGAGAUGAUCGGGGAGGCCGAAAGACAGUACUACCUGGAGCUGAACCAGCCCUACCAGGUCGACAACACCGACAGCACCUUCCUGAGCCGACUGCAGAGUCCCGACUACUCCGUCAAGGUCCGCGAGGGCAGCCCGACCGUCGACCACCAGGGCUACGAGGUGCCCUUCAGCCCCAGCCCGUGCGGCGCCGUGCACUUGCCCUUCGGCGAGCCCCUGACCCCUCGGCACACGGCGCUUCAGAUGAGCUACCUUCAGAGUUUUCAUGAUCCUGAGGAUCCCUGCGGAAAUUACAUGGCCAUGUCCACUCCAGGCCACAAAGAUCAGGUCGCCUUCGACUUCGACAGCGAUACGGUCAGGAGCAUAGCGAAGCGAGACAGUGAGGCCCUGCAGGAGGACUACGGCUUCGGCGAGGGCGGCGUCGACAGUCACGGCGAGGUGAACUACCUGUCCAUGGACUCGUCCAAGCCCAGCGCGUCGUCUGAGGAGGAGCGCCUCCUGAAGUCCAACGUUUCCCUUCGGCCGAAGGUGGUCCGACAAGCCUCGGAGAUGGAGAAGCACGACAGCGGCCUCUACAGCCCGACGGCCAUGCAGAACAACCCCAGCUACAUGAUGAUGAACAGCUUCCUAAAGACGGAUGAGAACAACUACCUCAGCCGAGAGGACACCUGCGACCUCACGAAGGACUGCCCCGAGUACAUCAACUACUCCAGCAUCAAGAAAGUCAAGCCACUACCGAGGGAAUACCCGAAGGAGGGUAGUUCGGAGGUCGAGUACACCAACCUGCUCGGCGGCGACUCCAGAGGGAGGACCGUCUCGGAGGCCUCCAGCGGUCUUGGCUCCAUCUCGGAGGAGAGCCCCCCCGAAUCCAGGGGCAACCACGUGAUCAGGGAGGCCAUCCUGGAAGAGCCGAUCGCUGCUUGAGAACCACAUACACAGGAUCUCUCUCUCUCUCUCUCUCUCUCUCUCUCUCUCUCUCUCUCUCUCUCUCUCUCUCUUUCUCUUUCUCUUUCUCUUUCUCUUUCUC